CGCUCUAUCUAUCCUGUAUCGUUUGUCGCGCAUGCCCAGUGUCGUUUUUAUGUUUGAAGCCGCACAAUGGGCGGAGAUCUCUGCUGUUUCCUUCAAAAACCAACUGAUCAUCAUCUUGCGGGAAACGGCAGGAGGAUUUCAGCGAAAUGUCAGUACUCAAGCAAAGUUGUACAGAUGAUGAGACUUCAUUGCUGAAGAGUUUACGUUACCAAUCCUGGAACUGUUUGUUAUAACAUCUUCCAUUUAACACAUGCUGCUGCCCAUUGGAUACUGGAUUAAUCCCAUCCAAACAUCCAUAACACAGCUUUACAGACCAGGGUUAUAUGUGUUGUCUUGAGCUGUGGUCCGACUCGACGAGGACAUGGAGCCCAACAUGGAGUACAUCAUCACACAGGUCACGCAGAAAGAGGUUGGACGCCGAUUUCAAGUGGGACCGGAAAUCAUAGACUACAUCCUGGACCGACAUAAGUCACAGGACUUGGAACAGGAUCAGACCAUGCUGGACCGGAUGGUGGACAGUUUGGCCACUUCGUGGGUCAAUUCAAGUAAUUUCAAGAUGGCUUUGCUGGGGAUGGACAUAGUGUCAGCUUUAAUAACCAGAUUACAGGAACGCUUCAAAACACAAAUAGGAACAGUUCUUCCUAGUUUAAUUGAUCGUUUAGGUGACACUAAAGAUCAGGUUCGAGACCAAGCACAAACACUGCUGUUAAAAAUGAUGGACCAAUCCGCCACUCCACAGUAUGUUUGGGACCGAAUGCUGGCUGGAUUCAAACACAAAAACAGUCGGACCAGAGAAGCUGUUUGCUUUUGUCUUAUUUCAACUCUUAAUGUAUACGGGGCCCAAGGUUUAACACUUAGCAAGAUUGUUCCUCAUAUUUGUCAUCUGUUGGGAGACCCCACGAGUCAGGUUCGGGAUGGUGCCAUGAAUUGCUUGGUGGAGAUUUACAGACAUGUUGGAGAAAGAGUUCGCAUGGAUUUGGGGAAAAAAGGCCUUCCACAGUCACGGUUAAACUUGAUCUUUAAGAGAUUUGAUGAUGUUCAGAGGUCUGGGAAUAUGAUUCUGUCUGCAGAUAAGAACAUUGAUGAUGAUGAUUCUGUGGAUGGAGGACGUUCCUCAUCUUUAUCUAAAGGAGCGUCAUCGGUGCGGCGGACGGGAUCCCUGCGGCGGACGAGCUCAAAGAGUUCAGGUGAAGAUCCGUCUGUCGGUUUGUGUGCAUCAGAUGAUUUAGAUUUCUCUUUAAUCCUCCUGAUGGUGUUUUCUUCAGGUAAAGAAGGUUCGAGUGCUGGAGGCGUUGAUGAAGAAGACUUCAUUCGUGCCUUUGAGGACGUGCCUGCUGUACAGAUCUACUCUGGCCGUGAGCUGGAGGAAUCCAUGAACAAGAUCAGAGAAAUUCUCUCAGAUGACAAACACGACUGGGAGCAGCGAGUGACUGCACUGAAGAAGGUGCGUUCCCUGGUGUUGGCCGGUGCGUCCCACUACGAGGGUUUUACCCAACAGUUACGACAGCUUGAAGGGGCUUUUAAACUUUCUGUCAAAGAUCUGCGGUCACAGGUGGUGCGUGAGGCCUGUAUUACACUCGGGCAUCUGUCGUCUGUGUUGGGGAAUAAAUUUGAUCACGGAGCAGAAAGCAUCAUGCCGAUGUUACUGAAUCUCGUCCCUAAUAGUGCCAAAGUCAUGGCCACGUCUGGAGUCGCUGCCAUUCGACUAAUAAUACGACAUACUCACUAUCCUCGACUCAUUCCCAUCAUGACCAUCAACUGCACAUCUAAAUCUGUGGCCGUCAGACGGCGAUGUUUUGAGUUUUUGGAUCUUUUGCUGCAGGAGUGGCAGACGAGUUCAUUAGACAGACACAUCACUGUUCUCGUGGAGACCAUCAAGAAAGGAGUUCAUGAUGCAGAUGCUGAAGCCAGAUCAGUAGCGAGAAAGUGUUACUGGGGUUUUCAUUCACACUUCAGUAAAGAGGCGGAGCAUCUGUUUCAGGCUCUUGAAUUGACCUAUCAGAAAGCUCUGCAGUCUCACAUGAAGAGUUCAGACAGCGUCGCGUCUCUUCCUCUGUCCGACCGCUCGUCCUCCAGCUCUCAAGAGAGUCUUAAUCGGACGUUACCUGCAAAAACGCCUGUCGCAAGCAACUUAAGCAGAACUAAAUCUAUGAGUUCUCGCACGUCCUCUGCGUCCGGUUCGAUGCAGCGCUCGCGCAGUGAUGUCGAUGUCAACGCAGCAACCAGCGCCAAAUCACGCAUGCCCGCUGUACCCACUGCCACCCCAUUCAGCUCAGCCGCAGCCCUGCCGCCCGGCUCCUACGCAUCUCUGGGUCGUGUGCGAACAAGACGACAGAGUUCAGAAACCGCUGCUGGUGGCAGAGCCUCUGUGACGGAGAGCAGGGGGCGGAGCCGAGCCAAAACUGUGUCCCAAUCACAACGAUCCAGAUCAGCAAAUCCAGUGGGUGGUAAGAGUCACGCCGGAAGUCGCACAACUUCACCUGGAAAGCUCUUGGCUCGUUUUUCUGGAAGAAUCCCUCGAGGAGCUGGAACGCCAUCGGACAAACGCAGUAAGAUCCCACGGAGUCAAGGCUGCAGUCGAGAGACGAGUCCCAGCCGGGGCAGAGAGGUACGGGGCAGUCGCAUCCCACGGCCCAGCAUGAGUCAGGGUUGUAGUCGUGACACCAGCCGAGAAAGCAGUCGUGACACCAGCCCGGCACGAGCGUUCAGUCCGCUGGCAUCCCACAGGCACUCUCGCUCCACCAGCGCAUUGACGGCGGGUGACGUGCUGCAGACAGAUCGCUUUGGUCUUAUCCAUCAGGCUCGUAUCUCAGCAUCUGUUAAUGCCAUGAGGAUAUUGAAUACAGGUUCAGAGGUGGAAGCUGCUGUUGCUGAUGCUCUGCUUUUAGGAGACUCCAGGAAUAAGCGGAGGCCGACGAGACGCCGGUUUGAAUCUCCAGGUAUGUGUUCUGAUGAUGACGCCACGAGUGACGCGUCCAGCGCGUGUUCAGAGCGUUCCUUCAGCUCACGAAGCGGUGGGAUUCCUCAUUACCUGCGUCAGACGGAGGACGUGGCCGAGAUUCUGAAUCACUGCGCCAGCUCCAACUGGUCUGAGAGGAAGGAAGGACUUCUGGGACUCCAGAACCUUCUGAAGAGCCAAAGAGUCCUCAGUCGUGUGGAGCUGAAGAGAUUGUGUGAGAUCUUCACCAGAAUGUUCGCAGAUCCUCACAGCAAGAGAGUGUUCAGCAUGUUCCUCGAGACGCUGGUGGAUUUUAUUCUGCUUCACAGAGAGGAGCUGCAGGAUUGGUUGUUUGUUCUGCUCACACAGCUGCUGAAGAAAAUGGGAGCCGAUCUUCUGGGCUCGGUCCAGGCUAAAGUUCAAAGGGCACUAGAUGUCACCAGAGAUUCGUUCCCGUACGAUCAACAGUUCAACAUCCUCAUGCGCUUCAUUGUUGAUCAGACACAAACUCCAAACCUCAAGGUAAAGGUGGCCAUCCUGAAGUACAUUGAAUCUUUGGCCAGGCAGAUGGAUACCUCAGACUUCGUGAACUCCAGCGAGACGCGUCUGGCCGUCUCUCGGAUCAUCACGUGGACCACAGAACCAAAGAGCUCAGAUGUGAGGAAGGCUGCUCAGAUGGUGUUGAUCUCUCUGUUCGAGCUCAACACCCCGGAGUUUACCAUGCUGUUGGCCGCUCUGCCCAAAACCUUCCAGGACGGAGCCACGAAACUGCUCCACAACCAUCUGAAGAACAGCAGUAUCUCCACCGCAGUAUCUCAGGCAUCUCCCAGCAACACUAUGGGACGGACCCCCCCAAAACAUCCCGUUACCCGGACGAGCCCCCUGAUGUCACCCACAAACUGUUCACGUGAAGGACUUUCUCCAAGUGGUUUCUGGGGCUGGAGCUCAAAGUUUUCCUCUCCUCUCUCACACUUUUACCCCGGCCCCUCCACCCCUCCUCUCAGAGCUCAUCGGAGAGCUCACUCGCCCAGUAUGUUGGAGUAUGACACAGAAAACAUGAACUCAGAUGAGAUCUUCAGCUCAUUAAGAGGAGUAACAGAGGCCAUCCAGACCUUCAGCUUCCGCAAUCAGGAGGAGAUGACAGAGCCGAUCAAACGUGACGGCAGGCGGGAUGAUACAGUGAGUGUGGACUCGCGUCUAUCAGCAGGAGUGACAGAAGGAGGUCGCACCGCUCUGGACAAUAAAACAUCUUUAUUAAACACACCAUCCCCGCGGUCAUUCAGCGGCACAAGAGAAUACAACCCGUAUAACUACAGCGACUCCAUCAGUGUCUAUGAGAAAACAACACCUGCUGUGAGAGAUGGCACAGAGCUCAGAGAUGGUCACGACCACGGUGAAAACAAAAUCAUGCGUGCUAAAAGCUUUUCUGCAGGACCCAGGCCUCACCUGGAGAUGGUCGGUGACCUGCUGAAGGAGCUGUCCAAUCACAGCGAGCGUGUGGAGGAGAGGCGGGCAGCUUUACUGGAGUUACUAAAGGUUACCCGUGAUGACAGUCUGGCUGUAUGGGAAGAGCAUUUUAAAACCAUGCUGCUGUUGCUGUUAGAGACGCUGGGAGACAAAGACCACACCAUCCGAGCGCUGGCUCUACGCGUACUCAAAGAGAUCAUGCGCAGUCAGCCUGCGCGCUUUAAAAACUAUGCAGAACUGACCAUCAUGAAAACACUGGAGGCUCAUAAAGACAGUCAUAAAGAGGUGGUUCGGGCCGCUGAAGAGACGGCGUCCACUCUGGCCAACUCCAUUCAUUCUGAACAAUGCGUCAAAGUUUUGUGUCCCAUCAUCCAGACGGCAGAUUAUCCCAUCGACCUCGCAGCCAUCAAAAUGCAGACUAGAGUCAUUGAGCGCAUUUCCCAGGAUUCCCUGCUUCAGCUCUUGCCUGACAUCAUUCCAGGUCUGCUACAGGGCUAUGAUAACACAGAGAGCAGCGUUCGUAAGGCCAGCGUCUUCUGUCUGGUGGCCAUUUAUUCUGUGAUUGGUGAAGAUCUGAAGCCACACCUACAGCAGCUCACAGGCAGCAAGAUGAAACUGUUGAAUCUUUACAUCAAACGAGCUCAAACCACCACCAGCACCAGUAGCAGCUCAUCUGAUAUCUCAUCACACAGCUGAAUCUGGUACCCAUCACAUCUGUAUCACAUCUGUCCACGCUGUUAUUGACUCUAAAACAAUCGAUUUUAAUCCUGACUCAUUUCCGAAUGCUCACAAGCAGUUUUGCACAUAUAAGUGCUGCAGUCCUUUAUCAUGUAUGUAGAUUUUGUUUAGGCACUAUGAUGUAAAUAUGCUUUCUUUUAUGAUAUUUUAACACUUAACUGCAGCCUGUCGGGUUUGUGAUCGGCUGUAUUUGAGUUUAAUCAAAAAUUAGCAAUCAACAAUUUUAGGAAAGCAUCAGUGGGGUUUUAAUUCUUUACCAGAAGGAUGUUUCUCAUGUUUAUCACAAUCAAAGUAUUUCACGUUUAUUUGAAAGCUUUUGCUGUGAUGUUUAUCCUCGUCAUGUUUAAAGCACAUGCUUAACGUUACAUCAAAUCAUUUAAGAGGAGAUAUUACAGCAUUAGUGAAUGUAAAUCCACUGAAAGACUUCCAGUCGAGUUUCUGACAGAAACAAACACUACUUUCAGUCUGUGAUGAGUAUUACAAUGAAUGAACAUUUAAAAAUAUGCAAGAACAAAAGAUUGUAUUUAUACAUUAUUGUUAUGAAGUGCUAAUAUUAAGAUUUUGUUGGAUGUUAGUGUGGAAGAAAGAUUUGGUUUAUAUUCACUUUUUGUUUAGUGAAUGUGUUUUAAGAGGACCGUGACAUUUCAACACUAAGAGAGACAGAAAGAGUUUCGUUAAAUUUUGUGAUUUAAGAGCCUUUGAACAGAAGGAAUUAAAAAAAACAUCUCAAUGUUACAUACAGACAUGAAAUCUCUCAAAGAGCAAAUCUGAAUCAGUUGUGCUUUUCCCAUUUAAAGAUUUUACUUAUCUUGCAGGACAAAUAUUGAUAGUCUGUUAUAUUUAACCUAAACGCAGUGUCAUGAAAUGCACUCUAAAAGUGAAGUUAUCUGUGAAACUCUUUAGAGAAAUAGAUUGAACAAAAAUAAUCCAAAUUGGAUUUAAUUCGUCAAAAUGUUGUUUAUACCCAGUUUUCUGGUUUUAGUAAAGUUUGUGUAGCUGUUUGUUAAACUGUUUUAAAUCUUGGUGCUUAAUUGUUUCACUCUGAAUGUUUAACUUUAGUCUUUCAGUCGCUUUGCUUUCAUUUACUUUGACAGCCAUUUCUAAAAAAACACACUGACAAUAUCUUAAAACUGUAGUUAGAAAUCCCAAAGAGCACACACACACACACACACACACACACACACACACACACACACACACACACACACACACACACACACACACACACACACACACACACACACACACACACACACACACACACACACACACACACACACACACACACACACAAACACACACACACACACACAAACACACACACACA